CUGAGUCAUUUUACCAGCCAUACACUCUCUUUCACCACCUCCUGCUUCAAUCAUCAUCCCAUCCCUUCCCCGUUUCAUUUUUUUUCCGUAUAUAGUCGCGCGCACACACAACAAAUAGAAUUCUGGUAGCUAUAUGGUCUGAAAAAAAUCGAAAAAAGGAAUCUGAAAGAUAAAGAGUAUUUCGAAUAUUGGAAUAUUCUUUCUGUUGUGUAGAGAUCCGAAUUUUGUGUAAAUCUCUUCGGAUUCCGAAUAAGCUAAGCUCUUUACGAAAUCUCGUCGAGAUUUAACAUAAAGCUAGAGCUUUUUUAUGUGUUUGUUGGUGCUCAUCUAAGAGCUUUGCUGCAAAUUGCACACUCCUCUUCUUCAGUGAAACAUGGUUGCUUUUGGGAAGAAGUUGAAGGACAGACAGAUCCAAGAAUGGCAAGGAUAUUACAUCAACUACAAAUUAAUGAAGAAAAAGGUUAAGCAGUAUGGUAACCAAAUCAAAGCUGGAGCACUAGAUCGUCGACAUGUUCUUAAGGAUUUCUCACGGAUGCUGGACAAUCAGAUUGAAAGAAUUGUUCUGUUUUUGUUGGAACAACAAGGAGUGCUGGCAAGCAGGAUAACUGAACUUAAUAAGCUGCAAGAUUCUCUUCAAGAGCAGCCUGAUAUAUCCAAAAUAACUGAGCUACGAGAAGCUUAUAGAGAUGUGGGACGUGAUCUUCUGAAGCUUCUCUUUUUCGUUGAAAUAAAUGCCAUUGGGCUGCGGAAGAUACUCAAGAAGUUUGACAAACGUUUUGGGUAUAAAUUCACUGAUUAUUAUGUCAAAACCCGGGCUAAUCAUCCUUAUUCCCAACUUCAGCAAGUUUUCAAGCAUGUGGGACUAGGGGCAGUUGUUGGUGCAAUAUCUCGUAAUCUUGCAGACCUUCAGGACCGUCAAGGAAGCUACUUGUCAAUUUAUGACCAGCCUUCUCUUCCACUCCAGGAUUCUGUUGUUGACUCAAUGAAAGCAGCUGUUGAUAGAUUAAGCCAUUCAACAAACUUCCUUAACUUUUUGGCCCAACAUGCACUUAUCAUGCAAGAAGAGUUCCCUACUCCCGUUGAGGAACAAGUUGAUGAUCAGAGAUACCAUUUUAUGUCACUUCUCUUGAACUUGGCAAAU